GGCAUUCCCAGGCGGACGGGCCGGGCCGGCGCGCGGGCGCAGGCAGGGACUAGGCGCGGGCGCCCUCCCGGCCGGCGGCGGCAGCCGGUGCAGACCCCUCCGAGGACCCUGCGGCGGCAACCGCCCCUUCUGACCAUUCAGCUGCUGCUUACUGAGCACAUACUGUGUGCCAGGCACUUUCAUCAGCCCUUUUCCAGAUGAGGAAAUGAAGGCUUGCCAGGCUGGUCAGCUGUUCUCUCUAGGUCCUGCUAAAGGGUCAUCUUCCAGAGUCCCCACAUCCCGACUCAGGAGAACUGGCGCUGCCACCCUGUGCUAAGGCCUGUCUCACUGCACCCGGAACCAUGAGCGAAGCCCGGAGAGACAGUACUAGCAGUCUGCAACGCAAGAAACCCCCGUGGCUCAAGUUGGACAUCCCAGCUGUGGUGCCCCCAGCAGCAGAAGAGCCCAGCUUCCUGCAGCCCCUGCGGCGACAGGCUUUCCUGCGGAGUGUGAGUAUGCCGGCUGAGACAGCCCGUGUCCCGUCACCCCACCAUGAGCCUCGGCGGCUGGCGCUGCAGCGUCAGACAUCCAUCACGCAGACCAUCCGCAGGGCACACACCCUCCUUUCUCCCUACUCUAACACCCUGGCUCCUCGUAGCCGGCAGGUACGCUUUGGGCGUGUUCAUACUCUGCCUCUUUUGAGGCCCCGGGCUGCUCGCAAGGCCCACCCACAGCGCCAGUCUCUCUCUUGGUCCUUGCUCAGGGGGACAGCUGACUGGUUUGGAGUGAGCAAGGACAGUGACAGCACCCAGAAGUGGCAGCGUAAGAGCAUCCGUCACUGCAGCCAGCGAUAUGGGAAGCUAAAGCCACAGGUCAUCCGGGAGCUGGACCUGCCCAGCCAGGACAAUGUGUCGCUGACCAGCACUGAGACACCGCCUCCACUCUAUGUGGGGCCAUGCCAGCUGGGAAUGCAGAAGAUCAUAGACCCUCUGGCCCGAGGCCGGGCCUUCCGCAUGGCCGAUGACACCGCCGAUGGCCUGAGUGCCCCCCACACUCCCGUCACACCAGGUGCUGCCUCCCUCUGUUCCUUCUCCAGCUCCCGCUCAGGUUUCAACCGGCUCCCUCGGCGUCGCAAACGUGAAUCCGUGGCCAAGAUGAGCUUCCGGGCCGCUGCAGCGCUGGUGAAGGGUCGGUCUAUUAGGGAUGGCACUUUACGAAGGGGACAGCGUCGGAGCUUUACUCCUGCCAGCUUCCUGGAGGAAGACAUGGUGGACUUCCCUGAUGAGCUGGAUACAUCUUUCUUUGCCCGGGAAGGUGUCCUCCAUGAGGAGCUGUCCACGUACCCAGAUGAGGUGUUUGAGUCCCCAUCAGAAGCAGCGCUCAAGGACUGGGAGAAAGCCCCGGAUCAGGCAGACCUUACGGGUGGGGCCCUGGACCGCAGCGAGCUCGAGCGAAGCCACUUGAUGUUACCCCUGGAACGAGGCUGGAGGAAGCAGAAGGAAGGCGGCACGCUAGCCCCGCAGCCCAAGGUGCGGCUUCGCCAGGAGGUGGUCAGUGCGGCUGGCCCCAGGAGGGGUCAGCGUAUCGCUGUGCCAGUGCGCAAGCUCUUCGCCCGGGAAAAACGGCCGUAUGGUCUGGGGAUGGUGGGACGGCUCACCAACCGCACGUACCGGAAACGGAUUGACAGCUACGUCAAGCGGCAGAUAGAAGACAUGGAUGAUCACAGGCCCUUCUUCACUUACUGGCUCACCUUCGUGCACUCCCUGGUCACCAUUCUGGCUGUGUGUAUCUACGGCAUCGCGCCUGUGGGCUUCUCGCAGCACGAGACGGUGGACUCGGUACUUCGGAAGCGGGGUGUCUAUGAGAAUGUCAAAUACGUCCAGCAGGAGAACUUCUGGAUUGGCCCCAGCUCGGAGGCCCUCAUUCACCUGGGUGCCAAGUUCUCCCCCUGCAUGCGCCAGGACCCACAGGUGCACAACUUUAUCCUUGCUGCCCGGGAGCGUGAAAAGCACUCAGCCUGCUGUGUGCGCAAUGACCGGUCUGGCUGUGUGCAGACGUCGAAGGAGGAGUGCUCGUCUACGUUGGCAGUGUGGGUGAAGUGGCCGGUUCAUCCUAGUGCUCCCGACCUGGCAGGCAACAAGAGGCAGUUUGGUUCUGUCUGCCACCAGGACCCCAGGGUGUGUGAUGAGCCUUCCUCUGAGGAUCCCCACGAGUGGCCAGAAGAUAUCACCAAGUGGCCGAUCUGCACCAAAAACAGCGCGGGGAACCACACUAACCACCCUCACAUGGACUGUGUCAUAACGGGCAGGCCCUGCUGCAUCGGCACCAAGGGCAGGUGUGAGAUCACCUCCCGGGAGUACUGUGACUUCAUGAAGGGCUACUUCCAUGAGGAGGCCACACUCUGCUCUCAGGUGCACUGCAUGGACGAUGUCUGUGGCCUCCUGCCUUUCCUCAAUCCCGAGGUGCCUGACCAGUUCUACCGCCUGUGGCUGUCCCUCUUCCUGCACGCUGGGAUCCUGCACUGUUUGGUGUCCGUCUGCUUCCAGAUGACGGUCCUGCGGGACCUGGAGAAGCUGGCAGGCUGGCACCGCAUAGCCAUCAUCUACCUGCUGAGCGGUGUCACGGGCAAUCUAGCCAGCGCCAUCUUUCUGCCGUACCGGGCAGAGGUAGGUCCGGCCGGCUCCCAGUUUGGUAUCCUGGCCUGUCUCUUUGUGGAGCUAUUCCAGAGCUGGCAGAUCCUGGCCCGACCCUGGCGUGCCUUCUUCAAGCUCCUGGCCGUGGUGCUCUUCCUCUUUGCCUUUGGGCUGCUGCCCUGGAUCGACAACUUCGCCCACAUCUCAGGUUUCGUCAGCGGCCUCUUCCUUUCCUUUGCCUUCCUGCCUUACAUCAGCUUUGGCAAGUUCGACCUGUACCGCAAGCGUUGCCAGAUCAUCAUCUUCCAGGCCGUCUUCCUGGGCCUGCUGGCCGGCCUGGUGGUCCUCUUCUAUUUCUACCCAGUGCGCUGUGAAUGGUGUGAGUUCCUCACCUGCAUCCCCUUCACAGACAAGUUCUGUGAGAAGUACGAGCUGGAUGCUCAGCUCCAUUGAACCAGCGGUGGACACCCCAGGCCACCCCGGCCUCCUGUGGCCGAACAGACGGGUGCUUCCUGAACACUGACCUCUCGUGCCUCGAGCUCCCGUUGAACCCUCACACUGCUGGACAUUAUCAUCCGAGUCCCCAUGAUAACCUUCUAACUACUCCCCCCACCCCCCUUGACAACCACCUCAGGUGGUCAAUAAAUGGACUGGGAGCGUUUUAGCUGCCACUAACGUGA